UGAGAUUCAAGUAGCAAAUUCGCGCAGUAUUCCUUUUAUACCUCAACAUUCGCAAACAUGUUUGUACUUUGCGAUAUUUAGUUAAUCUACAACCAAUAUAGGUAUAGAUAGCUUUCAUUUAAACAAAUACAUUUGCACUUCCGGCGUCUCGGUUUUUGAGCGAUAAUCCGUCAACCUCAAUGGAAGCCCGCUAACGAAACCUACGGAUGCAUUCGCAAGCUAGCAGUUAGCACUGUGCAUUGUUUAUGUUUUGAAGGAAGAAAAUCAAACUAUAAACCAACUUUCUGAAAUACCUCAUCAAAAUGACUUCUGCCUCUGCGAAAGUGGGCGAAAUCUUCUCAGCAGCGGGGGCUGCCUUCACGAAGCUGGGGGAGCUAACCAUGCAGCUGCACCCCGUGUCGGACUCCAGUCCUGCAGGAGCCAAGUGGACAGAGACAGAAAUCGAACUGCUUCGGUUGGCAGUGAAACGCUUUGGCGAUGACCUGAACAACAUAAGCACAGUGAUUAAAGAACGAACGGUAGCCCAGAUAAAGAGCACGGUGAAGAGGAAGCUGUACGAGGACAGCAGGGUCCCCAUCUCCUCGGAGUCCCCCAAGAAGACCAUGAAGAAAACCACGGUUGCCAUGGCACCCCCGCCGACACAACCCGCCCCCACCAUGAUUGCCGUACAAUCCUCGCAGGUCGUCGUGGCGACCGGAAUGCAGAACAGCCCCUCUAUGGCCCCGCCCAUCAAGAAGCAGAAAACUGCAGACGUGACACUCAGUGCCCUGAACGACUCGGACGUCAACAGUGACCUGGUCGAGGGCCUCGGCUCUUCCAGCAAGAAACUCAACUUUGACCAAGAGAGCCUCAACCUGGACUCCAGCCUCAUCAUGAACUCCAGCGAUCUCCCUCUGCUUUCCCGCUGAGAUCCGCACCGCACCGCGUCUCCGACUUGAGGAUGCUCCCAAAGGACCCCGAAACCAAGCAGACUGAAUCAGCCGGGCCCUGGAGGGGACCCAGGCUCAGGAGCUUCCGAGCUACGGUUCUGUCGUUCUGUGUGAAACUAUCCUGGACAGAACUCUGACCAUAAACAAAACGAACAUUACUCGGUUGUCAAAACGAA